CGAAAAUCCCCUAGUGGCUGCGUGUACGUUUUCUAUAUAGUAUACUUGUCUAUGAUAGCACACGCGUACUGCGACACCGACAUGCACUAACAUUAUCGUUAUUGUGUUAUUACUGUACACCGCGACACGUACAAUUUCUAUAGUCGUGAUUCAUGGUCGCUGGUCGCUGUUCAGCUGUUGUCACUCGCCAGAUCCGCCAUCCGAGAAUUGUUGCUCCUACACAGACACAACUGCCGUCAUACUAUACUUAUACUGUGCACCACACGGACACGCGACAAAUAAAAGAAAUGGUUACCAUUCAGGCUUUAUCUUGUGAAAAUAAUCUUAAGCAAGUUCUGACAUCCAAAGAAUAUGAACCAACAAAUUUUAGAAAUAACUCUCACUCUGCCAAAAUACUGGAAGAUUUACAAUCUCUACGCAAAAAUGAAAUUUUAUGUGAUAUUAGAUUUGAAGCAGAUGAUGGUAAAAUUGUAAUUGGACAUAAAAAUGUUUUAAUAGCAGCUAGUCCAUAUUUUCGUGCAAUGUUUAGUAAUUUUGAUGAGAGCAAUAAAGAUCUUGUUACAAUAAGAGAACUAGAUUCCACCAUUUUACAACAAUUAGUAGAUUAUAUUUAUACUGGAGAAAUUAUGAUCACAAAAGAAAAUGUACAGGUGUUGUUACAAUCUGCUAAUGUCUUACAGCUAGAUUAUGUAAAUAGUGCAUGUGCUGAGUUUUUACAAAAACAUCUGGAUCCAUCAAAUUGUCUUGGUAUCAAAGCAUUUGCUGACUUACAUAACUGUACAAAGUUGUUGUUGAGUUCUGAAACAUACAUUAAACAACACUUUUUAAAAUUGAUUAAAUGCGAACAUUUUCUAUCUUUAUCUUCUGAAGAUUUGGUGAAGCUUAUUUCCUGUAAUGACCUUGCUGUUCCAUUCGAAGAAAAAGUAUUUGAAUGUGUUAUUAAAUGGGUAAAACAUGAUUUGGAUCAGAGAAAACAUUUUUUGCCAGAAUUAAUGGAACAUGUACGUUUGCCAUUAUUAAGGCCUGAUGUUUUAAAUAAUGUAGUUGAAGAACCAAUUCUAAAGAAUAGUCCUAAAUGCAACAAUUUUAUAAUUGAAGCAUUACAUUUUAAUCUACAAAAAUCAAUACAGCAUUUCACCAUUCCAAAAACAAUUAGAUGCAAACCUAGAAAUUUUGGUGAUUCUCAAAAAGUCAUUCUAAUGUUUAAUCGGUCUGAUACAUCACCAAAGUGUUAUACAGAAUGGUAUGACCCAGCAACCAAGCUAAGGAACAUUGCACCAGGGUUAAAUGAUUGUCGCCGGACAGCUGGUCUUGGUGUUAUAAGAGACCAAUUUGUCUUUGCUGUAGGAGGUGUAAAUGAAUCAAGUUCAAAAUCUGUUAAUAUGCUUGAUGUAUCCUCACAAUCGCCCUCUUGGGUAUCAAUGGCAGAUAUGGUAGUAAAACGAGGACGAUUAGGAAUUGGUGUAUUGGAUGAUUGUAUAUAUGCAGUUGGUGGAGGUGAUAUCAAAAAUGCAGUAAAUAGUGUAGAGGUUUUCGAUGUCAGUAUUAAAAAAUGGAGACUAGUGUCUAGUAUGUCAAUUAAGAGAUAUGAUUUGGGUGUUGGUGUACUCAAUAAUCGUUUAUACGCGGUUGGGGGUGCUGGUGAUGGUGAAAUUGUUAAAUCUGUAGAAUAUUAUGAUCCCGCACUUGACACAUGGACAACAGUUGCAGAAAUGUCUGGAUUUCGUAAAGGAGUUAGUGUAGGAGUCAUGGACGGCGUGAUGUAUGCUAUUGGUGGCUUUUGUGAUGGAAAGCAUCUUAAACGUGUUGAGGUCUAUAGACCAAGUGAUGGAGUUUGGUCGUCUGUUGCUGAUAUGAAUUUGUGCAGAUACAGGCCUGGAGUAUCCGUAUUAGAUAGUUUAUUGUAUGUUUUUGGUGGAGAAAAAGAAUCUUCUAUUGUUGAUACUGUAGAAAUUUACAACCCCAACACCAAUACUUGGACUUUGGAGAGAUUGUCAAGAAAUGAAGUACGAAUUUAUGGUGGAGUAGUUAUCAAUAGACCACCACAUUUUAUUAACUAAUCGGCAUACAUAAUGGUCUCAUUGUUGGUAGAAAUAUGAAAAUUUGUAUGUAUAAUUUAUUACGAAACAUGUAUUGUUUCAUUCAUAUUUUUCAUAUUUUGUUUUGUAUUUUUGUGUACACAAUUAACAUAGGUACUACAAAUGUUAAUUUUAUCACUUUAUAUACAUGAUAAAAUGUUCAGAAAAAUCACGGACUAUGAUUAAGUUUAUCUUAGUCCGUGAGAAAUAUCAAAAAGUUAUGACUGUGCUAUUUAUAGAUAUUUUUUGGAUUUUUCUAUAAAUGUAAGUUAAUUAAUGUUCCUCGUACGUUGUCAUAAUACCAGGCUAUAAAUAUUUAAAAUACGUUCAUAGAAUUAUGAUUUAGAAGCAUUUAAAAUUUAAAAUUUGCAAAUUAUUUUGUUUUUAUAAAAAUUAAACAUUUUACAAACUCCUUGUAAACCAUUCCCUGGCUAUUAAAGAAGCAAAUCAGCAUCGUUUUGAUUGA